UUGGUGGUCUAAUUAUUUGUGAACUUUUUUGCAGUUUCUGUGUAAACAUAAUUUCUAAACCAAAUUUUUUUUUUCAGUCUAUAUAAUGAGAACAGAUUCCUUCUAUGAUUUUUAAAGAAGGUUUCAUUUCUUGAAACAUAUUUGGAAUUGUUAUUUCGGUGUUUCUAAGAAGUGCUCAUGCUUCCUUGUUGCCAACAUGCAUAGAAACAACAACAUCAUGAAUUUGGCUAAACUCUUCAAGAAUGAAACAGUUUCCCAGAAUAAGGAUGUUGAAAAUGCUGUUGGGUGCAGCUUCGUUGUCUGACAUCACAUGGUCAUCAUAUGCAUGCUUUACUUUAAGGCAUUUACAUAGUUUGUGAAUUAACCAGUGACAGAGGAAAGGGAGGGAGGGGAAAGCUAAAUAAACACAACUACUGAUCUCUGUUUAUCUCUUUCCACUAAUGGGGUCUCUUAGGGCAUAUGUGCUGGGCCUCUAAUGCAGACUAAACCUGUGUGUUUCUGUGUCUGUGUGUGCAGUAGAUAGUCUCUCCAUGUCUUCAAUUAUUUAUUUUUUAUAUAUGAACAAGAGAGAUACCUAAAACCUAACAUUGGAUUAUUACAUAUUUAAGAGUGCCGAGGACACAUAACAUUUCAUACUUUUGUCCGAUGGAAUCUGUUUUCAUAACAUAAGGCACCAAGAAUGAUGAAUAUCUGGACCUUUCAGCAUAUCUUUUGGACUUUUACUGAACUCCACAAGGUGUGAUUUCCAGCAUCAAAUCAAAUUUUAUAAAUAAAUGUUAAUUAACCCUACACAAGAAGAUGAUCACAUUUCAUUUUUAAGGAUGGGUUGUGCUUGUAGUGACCAGAACCAUCCAAAAGGUCAUGAGCAUUAUAAUUCAACAAACUCUAAGACAUCUCACGCGUCAAGAGAUCACAAGAAGCAAAACAACAACCAAGAUGAAGAUGUUGUUAUUGCACAAUAUGACUUCCAGCCUGCUAGUGAAAAUGAUCUUCAAUUCAAAAAAGGGGACAGACUCAGGAUUAUUAAGGAAAAUGGAGAAUGGUGGUUGGCGAAGUCCUUGGUCACAGGUUAUGAGGGAUUUAUUCCAUCUACGUAUGUGGCAAGAGCGCAAACGCUACAGGUGGAGCGAUGGUUUUUUAAGGACAUGAAUCGUAGAGAUACAGAGCGUCUUCUGCUAGCACCAGGAAAUAAACCUGGUUCCUUUCUUGUGAGAGAAAGUGAAACAACCAAAGGUGCGUUCUCUCUGUCCAUCAGAGACUCCACUCCAGAGCAGGGUGAUGUGGUCAAGCACUAUAAGAUUCGAGCCCUGGAUAAUGGCGGAUAUUACAUCUCCCCGUCCACAAGCUUUUCUUCUCUUCAAGAGCUGGUGAAGUAUUACUCUAGGACAGCGGAUGGUUUGUGCCAGAGGUUAGGAAAUCCCUGUAAAAGCACCGCCCCUCAGAGACCCUGGGCUCAGGAUGAGUGGGAGAUUCCCAGAGAAACUCUGAAGCUGGUGAAGAAAUUGGGUGCUGGUCAGUUUGGAGAAGUGUGGAUGGGGUUCUACAAAAACAACCAAAAAGUUGCCAUCAAGACUUUAAAGGAAGGCACGAUGGAGCCUGAAGCCUUCCUGCAGGAGGCCAAUCUGAUGAAGCAGCUCCAGCAUGAGAGACUGGUCAAACUGCACGCUGUCGUCACCAGAGAGCCCAUUUAUAUUGUCACUGAGUACAUGGCUAAUGGAAGCCUGUUAGACUUUCUGAAGACAGACGAUGGCCAUAAAUUAAAACUUUCCAAGCUGAUUGAUAUGACUGCUCAAAUAGCGGAGGGCAUGGCUUACAUCGAGAGAAAAAACUACAUUCACAGAGACCUGCGUGCCGCUAAUAUUCUCGUCUCAGAGACCCUGCACUGUAAAAUAGCUGACUUUGGUCUUGCCAGGAUCAUAGAAACAGAAUACACUGCACAAGAGGGUGCAAAGUUCCCUAUUAAGUGGACGGCUCCUGAAGCCAUCAACUACGGUACUUUCACCAUCAAGUCAGACGUGUGGUCCUUCGGAAUUCUUUUAACAGAGAUUGUCACAUAUGGCCGAGUACCGUAUCCAGGCAUGACGAAUCCGGAGGUGAUCCGUAACCUUGACAGGAACUAUAGGAUGCCGUGUCCAGACGCAUGUCCAGGAGAGCUCUAUGACAUCAUGACAAAGUGUUGGAUGGAAAAGCCAGAGGACAGGCCUACUUUUGAAUAUCUGCAGGACACACUCAAUGACUUCUUCAUUGCUACUGAAGGCCAGUAUGAGAUGCAGCCAUAACCUCCAUGUGGAAACUGUAUGAACUGUAAUAAGGAUGUACAAAACACAGAAUGGACUAAAUCCACACCAAAAUGGAUUAUGGGGAAUAUACUGUAGCAAGAAAACUGCCUCCUUGUAUAUUAGUAAAUAUUUUAUUUGGCACAUUUUCACAGUUCCAUCUAUUUCUACGUUGUUCUUUUUACAUUUGUUUCAUUGUUCUUUCAAGUCUGUAUUGUUUUCAAUAAAAUAUUUAAGUUAGUC